AUUAAAAUAUUUUUUUAAUAAAAGAAAUAAAUAUAAUGGACACCGUGGUGCCAAAAUAUUAGAUAUGGAUACCGAUGAUUCUCCAUUUGAAAGAAAAGUCCAAAUUUUCCUUAUUGUCAGUAAUUCGGUAAAGACAAUUCUGAAUUCUUUGCAGUCGCUGUUCUUCUUGCCGUUUCUUGCUCUACUGUUUUGGAAUUUCUUUAUCGAUUUCUCGCCGAUUCAUCGUUCAACUGCAAUUCCCCUAGACGGAAUUGCAAUUUUCAGGUUUUUGUUGUUGAAUCAUGCCACUUCUUCCAUGGAAAUCCACGAGGAGUUCUCGGAUCUCCCAAAUCGUUGCUGAUCUUCAGUCGCCGAAGCGUGGCGGUUCGCUUGUUGUCGAGACUGGAUUUCCGACCUCUCUUGUUGAUCUAUUCGUCAAGCAUCGUGAUCGAUUGAGGAAGCCGUCGGCGAGAAGGAAGUCGAAGGAUAAGAGAUCGAAGAAUGAAUUUAGCGACUCAAUCGUUCAACCGUCUUCUCAAUCGCAUCCUACGGAAAUCGAUUGUUCUGACGCUGGAGGCGGUUGCGUCCAGCGCGAUAACCUAGAAAUGGAGAAUUUGAAAGUCUUGGAUGAACCGCGAGAAUGUCGCGAUCGUGGAUGUGAAUUGGUCCGGAAUCGGACUGAGAUGUGCGUUGUCGGUGGCGAUGCGGUGGGCAGGAACGGCGUCGUUUUGUUUGUGUUGAAAAUGUUUGUGGUUGCGGUUGCGGUUGCGGUUUUGGCACUGACUGCCAAGAAGCUUGUGGUUGGAACUACUCUAUCUGCUUUUCUACUUUUGCUUCUGGAAUUUGUCGGUAAGCGUUCGGUUCGCUUCUUGAAACCGUGCACUCAUGGCGAGGCUGCUCUGAGAUCCUUGAUUCGAAAGGUAUUGAAUCAUCUCUGGAUUCGAAAGGAUGAUCUAGUGAUUCAAGAGUCGAGAAAUUACGGAGGAGAUCCCGUUCCGAAAGUUUCGCUCGAUGCUUUUCCGAACGAAUCGAUUGACUCACCGGAGUUCAGUUCCUCAAUUGAAGAAAUCCGACUCGUGGAACCGGAGGUCGAUGCCUGUGAAACGCAUAAGGGAAUUGAAGAUGAAAAGAGCCGUCUCGGUUUUCUUGGAGAUGAGAAGGAAAACAAAGAUCGAUUGGAAGUUCAAGUGUGCGAAAAUGAACGUGGAACGCGAGGAAAACGCAACCGGAGUAUGUUUAGGAAACUCGUACGAAAGAAAUCAGGUAAGCAAGCGAUCGAGAAGAAGAACAACACAGAGGAGAAGGAGUUCAGAAAUGACAGAUUGGACAAGGCGUCGAUUGAAGAACAGGUAAAUAAAGAAGACGAUGAAAACCUAGAAGAAGAACAAGAACGCGAUCUAGAAAUCCGAACCAUUUUUUGCGAAGAGGAUCAAGAUACCAGAAAACCUCCUGAUUUCGAUGAGCAAUGGCAGGCAAUGGAAGUUAGAGAGUCGUGUGAAAUUCAGGGAAUCAAAAAGAACGGAAGAUUAAGUUACCUAAUUCUGGUUCUGGUUGUUCUUGCUGGGCUGUUCGGAGGCCGGUUUCUGGCGGUGGUGCUGACGACCGCAUGCUGUUUCAUGAUCAAAUUGAAGGAAUUUAUAUGGAGAAGGUCUAUGAAUCCGCGCUUGAAGACCAAUUGCUAGAAAAAUGUGGUAAGAAAGAACAUCCUCAUCUUUCAUCUCUUCUGAAACACAAAUGUGGUGUUUGUUAGCCCAAAAUAGUUUAGUUCAAAAUGGAAAUGAUUCCCCCAUGGAAUUUGAAAAUUCAACUGGGUUUUUUGUACCAAAAUCUCCAAAAUUACAAACAGUUUUUAGUACUCACUUCUCGAUCAAAUGCUCUAUCUUUGGAUGA